AUACUAGAAAAUAAGAGAGAACUUAUCUCCAACCCAAUUCUCUUAAUCCUUCCACUCACAAUGCUCCAUACAAGUCAUUCUCAAAAUCUCACCCUCUUUCUUUUGUUCACUCUUUAAGUGGAACAUAGCAUGUAGUGUAUCAACCAUCAAGUUUUUUUUGAAGAUAUAUCAUGAAAGGAAUGAGAAGAAAUUUUCUUAGAAAAAUGAAAAUCAUCCCAACCAAAACCAACUCAAAACAAGGCCUUGUUAUUCAACUCAACAACCAAGAUAUGUUUUGCAUCCAAAAAUGUCCAACAUCUCCGUUCUUAGAUGACAACAAAGGAAAUGAUCUGAGAUUGACCUCGGUCCAGUCUGGAACAGGAAUCAACCUUUCUGAUCAACUAGAAUUUAAAAGCCUUGAUCGAAGUGAGAACGAUGAUGAUGAUGAAAACGAUCAUUUUGAAGAACAAGAAUUCAAUUUCAAAUUAGCUACAACAAAACAAGUGACAUGCAUCAAAGAUUAUCCGUCUCUUAACGAUUUUGAAGAAAAAUGUCCACCGGGAGGAAGCAAUUCAAUAAUUCUUUACACUACGAGUUUGAGAGGAAUAAGGAAAACAUUUCAAGAUUGCAACACAAUCCAUUUCUUGUUGAGAAGUUUUAGAAUAAUGUACCAUGAAAGAGAUGUGUCUCUACAUUUGAAAUAUAGAGAGGAGAUGUGGAACAUAUUGGGAGAGAAAGUGAUUCCUCCAAAGCUUUUUAUCAAAGGAAGAUACAUUGGAGGAGCUGAUGAAGUGAUUGGAUUGCAUGAAAUGGGUUGGCUUGGGAAGAUUUUAGAAGGAACACCAACUGUUUCUAGUCAUUGUCUUUGCAUUGGUUGUGGUAACAUGGGAUUUACUAUUUGUUCAACUUGUUGUGGAAGUUGCAAAGUCUUCAUCAACAAUGGUGACAACAACAAUAAUGAAUGUUUCCUUAGAUGUCAUGACUGCAAUGAGAAUGGUCUUGUCAAAUGUCCCAUUUGCUGCUGCUAGAAUUUGAUCUUAAUAAAAAGGUUCCGACUUUUUUUCAUCUGAUAUCGUUUUUAUGCUGUUUAGAAGUAUACUUUCAGACAAAAAAAAAUCAAGAGAUUUUUUUCGUAUGUAAGUAUACUUUUGAAUUUUAAUUUUUAGAAAUGGUAGGGUGGAUAAAGUUCGGUCGUACUAAUAUAGGGUAUGUUUUGUUUUUUUAGUUGAUAUAUUUUAAUUAAUUAUUGUAAAAAUAUCACCAGAUUUUCAUUUUUAUAUCUUGUUUUCAAGAAAUUUACAAAGGGUAUAUGGUGAAAAUAAAAUAAAAAAUUGUUGGAUUCAUCAAUUCCUUUGUAAGUUUUAUGAAAAGAGAAAGUAAAAAUGUAAAUAAAGAGAUGUUUUUAUAAUUAUUAAUUCAAGUGUGUCAACUAAAAAUUAAAACAUGUCAACCUGGUUUUUAUAUCUUUUGUAACAUAUAUUUAAUAUUCCUUGGACAUGGUUCGUAUGUAACAUCAUAGAGUGCCUUAUCUAUCUGAUAUUGUCCUGAUUUGGACAUUGUAUGAAACCCGUUUUAAGAUAUAAAAGCUAGUACAUGAUGAUGUUGUGUUUGUAGGGACUAAUUAAUUAAAAAAUUACUUGGUUA